CAGCGAAAGGGAGGAGCUGCGACGAGAAAGAUGGAACUAAACGAGACGAUGGAAGAGGAUUCGAACAACAACACCGAUCUAUCGAGUCUGUCGAACGUGCUGGUCGAUACUGGUCCAUCGAAUCGUUCCACGGAUCCCUACGAACAGCAAAAUGGCCACGAAUUGGAACACGCGAUUCUUCUAACGGUAAAAGCCAUGGUAAUGGGUUUCAUCAUUCUGUGCGCUCUGUUCGGCAAUCUAUUGGUGAUCGUGUCGGUAAUGAGGCACAGGAAGCUUCGCGUAAUUACCAAUUACUUCGUGGUCUCGUUGGCGUUGGCUGACAUGUUGGUGGCCAUUUUCGCCAUGACGUUCAACGCGUCGGUCGAGCUGUCCGGAAGAUGGCUGUUCGGCUAUUUCAUGUGCGACGUGUGGAACUCGCUGGACGUGUUCUUCAGCACCGUUUCGAUUCUUCAUCUGUGCUGCAUCAGCGUGGAUCGAUAUUACGCGAUCGUGCAACCGUUGGACUAUCCAUUGAUCAUGACGAAUCUUCGACUGAGCACCAUGCUGAGCGUGGUUUGGUGCUCGCCGACGGUGAUGAGCUUCCUGCCCAUCUUCGCCGGCUGGUACACCACCGAAAAACAUCUCGAGUUCAGAAGGAAUUUUCCGGACGUGUGCGUGUUCCAAGUGAACAAACUCUAUGCCGUGAUUAGCUCCAGUGUCAGUUUCUGGCUGCCUGGAAUCAUCAUGAUCGCCAUGUAUUACAAGAUUUAUCGGGAGGCUGAUCGUCAAGAGCGGAUGCUCUAUCGGAGCAAAGUGGCGGCAGCGCUCUUAAACAAACAUCUGCAGAUCAAUGGGAUUUCGGCCGGUUUGACCACGCUGCCAACUGUGGAUCAAUCGUCGCCGGAUCCACAACCAGAAGAUCCACCGAUCACCAGCAGCAGCAAAAUGAGAAGGGAACGAAAGGCAGCGAGAACGUUGGGAAUCAUCGUGUCAGCGUUUCUGGCUUGUUGGCUUCCCUUCUUCCUCUGGUACGUCAUCACGUCUCUGUGCGACAGCUGCGAAAGCAGCGAUUCGGUGGUUGCAGCGGUGUUUUGGGUGGGUUACUUUAACAGCGCGCUGAAUCCGCUCAUCUACGCCUACUUCAACCGGGAUUUCCGGGCCGCCUUCAGGAAGACCCUCGAAAGCUGUUGCGUGGCGAUCGGGCCGGUUCGCGAUCUGCGCCAAGCCCAUCGGAAGCAGGAUCUGGUGCACAGUAACGCGUCUUCGGAACUACACGUUAACAAUCAGCUGAGAGCCAGCGAGAUGACCAAUGUGCACAUCGAGGCGUGCAUUUGAUUUUCCAACCGUUCCUCCAACGUUCUCAACGUGUCUCAACGAUCUUCUGAACUGGAAAAAAUCGUUUCGAAUCCGACCUAUUUUCGACUGAAACGCCGAUCGUGCCAAUCACCAGCCACGACAGCCGAGUAGCAGCAUCUCGCUGGCCAAUUAACACGGCCAGCACGCGACGCUCGUUCGCCGAUUAAACGAUGGAAGAACGCGCAAGACCUUUCUUCGAUCGACGAUUAACGGUCGAAGGGCAACGGUCGGCGAAGCUCGAGCGCCUACCUUGAUCCGCCGAUCGAUAGAAAAGCGCCAGUCUAGAGAUAACUUUUUAGCGUAAAUCUGGGAAAUUCGGUGUAUCGUAGUGGAUUUUGAAAACGUUUCUGUGUUACGAGCCUAUUUUCAAGAACGGAAAAGGCUACUAGGAGAUUUAUACCGUCGAUACGUCGUGAUCAAAGUUUCCACUCCGAUCAAAGAUCGCUCGAACACCGUGUUAGACAUGCUGCUACGUUUUCUUCGCGUUUUAGUUGGGCUUCAGAAUGCCGUGGACACGAGUAAAACCGAACGCUAUUAUGCCAGAGUACGAAAGACGGAAUAUUUGAAAUAGAUCUAUUUCUAAGCUCGAAACGGUACGUAAAGGUGCAAGUGGUGGAAAUGGUUUGCCAAUCUGUUCGAUUUUCUAUCGUUAUUCGCAGUAAUAAGUGAAAUAUCGUUAUCGGGAAGUUAACUACGAACGAAGAAGCGUCCCGAAAGGAAAUCUUCAAUGCGGUCAACCUAUUUUAAGACACACUGUCGUCUAUUUCCACUGCGUGGCGGUUUAUCAAGUCCAUAAAUAAGGCUGCUGCCUCCGAGCAGAUGGAUGAUCUGAUUUCGGUAAUACUCUAAGAUUGGCCCGAUAGAUAGAGGCCGUGCGAGUUCGUUCUCGCUUCGUUCCACUUUCUCCGACGAAUUUUAUCGAGUCACUUGCUUCUUUUCAGCCAGAGUUUCCUACUUCUAGAUGUGAAAUUUCGACGAAAAAUCAAAGUUCUUGUACAAAAGUUUUUGUUCACAGACGAGCGACCGAUGUCGAGUCAGCCAACGAUCCUUAAUGGCGCGUGCAAACUACGUUUUAAUCUAUCGACGAAUGUGUGUAAACGGGCAUCGUCUUUUUUUGCUUUUAAGCUAAACAACUUUUUCAACCUAAACGAGUAAGUGGUAAAGUUGGACGAGUCAA